GUCAUGAGCGACGUGGUGGAGCGGACGCUGAGCGUGCUGCCCGGGCUGCUGGGGCAGCACAAGCCGGGCGCCGGGCCGGGGGAUACCGGCGGGCCUGGCAGGGUUUCGGCCAGCUCUCGGCUCGGCAGCCUCAUCCGGAGCAUCACGGCGCUCACCUCCAAGCAUGAGGAAGAGAAAUUAAUUCAGCAGGAGCUGAGCAGUUUGAAAGCUACAGUGUCAGCCCCCACCACAACACUUAGACUCAUGAAAGAAUGUAUGGUAAGACUCAUCUAUUGUGAAAUGCUGGGAUACGAGUCUUCCUUUGGGUAUAUCCAUGCAAUCAAGCUUGCACAGCAAGGAAAUCUUCUGGAGAAAAGAGUUGGUUACUUGGCGGUUUCUUUAUUUCUACAUGAAAAUCAUGAACUGCUGCUCCUACUUGUGAACACAGUAGUGAAGGACUUACAGAGCACUAAUCUAGUAGAGGUGUGCAUGGCAUUAACCAUUGUCAGCCAGAUCUUCCCACGGGAGAUGAUUCCAGCUGUUCUUCCUCUAAUAGAAGACAAGCUUCAGCAUUCCAAGGAAAUUAUCCGAAGAAAAGCAGUUCAAGCUUUAUAUAAAUUCUAUCUCAUUGCUCCUAACCAAGUUCAGCAUAUUCAUGAUAAGUUCCGGAAAGCCUUAUGUGACAGGGAUGCUGGAGUCAUGGCUGCUUCUUUACAUAUUUAUCUUCAAAUGAUUAAGGAAAACUCAUCUGGAUACAAGGACUUGACUGGGAGUUUUGUAACUAUCCUAAAGCAGGUAGUGGGAGGAAAGCUUCCUGUUGACUUCAACUAUCACAGUGUGCCAGCACCAUGGUUACAAAUUCAGCUUUUAAGAAUACUGGGGCUGCUAGGAAAAGAUGAUCCAAGGACAAGUGAAUUGAUGUAUGAUGUUCUAGAUGAGUCUUUAAGAAGAGCAGAGAUAAAUCAUAACAUUACAUAUGCCAUCUUGUUUGAAUGUGUCCAUACAAUUUAUACAAUUCAUCCCAAGACUGAACUACUUGAAAAGGCUGCCAAGUGCAUUGGGAAAUUUGUUUUGUCACCCAAAAUUAAUUUGAAAUACUUAGGCUUAAAGGCUCUGACCUAUGUUAUCCAGCAGGAUCCUAAUCUGGCACUUCAGCACCAGAUGACAAUAAUUGAAUGUUUGGACCAUCAAGAUCCCAUUAUUAAGAGGGAGACUUUGGAGCUUCUCUAUAGAAUUACAAAUGGACAGAAUGUUGUUGUCAUAGUUCAGAAGAUGCUUGACUACUUAAAAGAAAGCAAAGAAGAAUAUGCUAUCAUCAACUUAGUUGGCAAAAUAGCAGAGCUAGCUGAGAAGUAUGCCCCUGACAAUGAGUGGUUCAUCCAAACAAUGAAUGCUGUGUUCUCAGCUGGAGGUGAUGUUGUGCAUCCUGAUAUUCCAAACAACUUCCUGAGGCUGUUGGCUGAAGGAUUUGAUGAUGGAAAUGAAGAUGAUCAGCUACGGAUGUAUGCAGUACAGUCUUAUUUAGCCUUACUUGAAGAGGAAGGUGCACUGUAUCCACAGAAAUUCCUUCAAGUUAUGAGUUGGGUUUUGGGGCAAUAUUCCAGCCUUGCUACAGAUGUUGAUCCAGAAGUUAUUUUGACAAAGCUACACAGCCUGCUGAAGAAAGCUUUUGUUACUUCUGAAACUAAAGUGUGGAUAAUGGCUGCAGUCACCAAGAUUGCAUCACGUACCUCCUGUUCUAAAACAGUUGACAAAGUAAUCCAAGAAUUCAGCAACUCUCUAGACACCAGCAUGAGACAAUUUGCCUUUGAACUGAAGCAUCUGAGUGAAGACAAAGCACUGAUGAAAAACUUACUCCCAUAUGAUGCUAGUUGCAGUGACAUAGUGGUAGAUGCCUCUUUAUCUUUUCUGGAUGGGUUUGUGGCUGAGGGACUUGGUCGUGGUGCAGCACCAUAUAAGCCUCAUCACCAGAGACAAGAGGAGAAGCUUUCUCAGGAAAAAGCUCUGAAUUUUGAACCUUAUGGAUUGUCAUUUGCUUCAAGUGUGUCUUCCUCUGGCAUCACUGGCAGACAGUCCCCCACUGGUUUAUCUUUUGCUUCUGACAUGUCUGGUAAUAGUGCUGAAACUGGGCAUAAAGAGACAAAUGCUUUGAAACUUGAGGGAGUACGCAAGCUCUGGGGGAAAGAAGGCUAUCUUCCAAAGAAAGAAAAAACAGGGAAAGAAAAUGAGCCACAAACUGUUCCUUGUGGUGGCUUACUAGCAGGAGAGGUGGGUGAUCCUCCUCCAUCGGGGCCUGAUCAAGCUGCCAUUCUCUCUGAGGGGGACAAAGAGAAGCAGCAGUUGGCAUCAUCUUUGUUUAUUGGACUAGGGUCAAGUGCUGGUGUCAGUCUGAUGGGGAAAUCAGAUACAGCUACUCAGAAAUUCAAAAGAAAAUCAAAGAUAAAUGAAACUCAAAAUAGUGAGGAGAUUUCAGACUUCCAAAGUAGUGCUGCAUUAGAUUUUGAUCCUUUACUUGGUACAGCACCUCUUAAUGUGGAAGAUUGUGAGGAAAAUCUACACACAAUGUUAAGGAAAGCCUCCCUCUCUUCUUCAGAUCUUGUAGAAGAUACUUUGGCAUUUGAAACACCUCAGUCUGAAAAAAAAUGUGGGCUAGAUGACAGACUUCCAGAUAGCAGACUGUCACAGUCAUCUUUGUUUACUGAUGGUAAUAUUGAAAUUCUUCAGCCUUCUCCAAGUGCUCAGUGUGAAGGUGCCAGUAAAACGCCACUGGUCCCUGCCUUACCUGAAGAGCUGGAAUUGCACACUCAUUCUGAAGUGAUGGAACUUUGUCAGAAUGAUGCCUUAGUUCUGCAUUUAUGUAAGGUGUGGACAAAUGACUCUUUGUUGCUUAUUGUUUUUGUUUCAAAUAAAACCACUUCUGCACUUAAUGCUGUGAACUUAGUGUUUGAAGAAGCAGAACAUUUUCAGAUUUUGGAGAGUCUCACCUACCAGUUUCCUCUAAUUGAAGCUCAAAGUGUGGAACACUGCCAGAAAUGUGUAUGGAUGGAGAAGAUCUCUGCACAUGGAAUUAUUUCUGGUUCUGUUAAUUACCAGUCAGAAAUGGAAACUUGCCUUGAAUUUUCAAUAACUUUGUCAUUGUUGGACUUCAUCAGGCCAAUGGAAAUGACUACAGAAGACUUUGGGAAGUUGUGGUUGUCUCUUUCUAAUGAUGUCAAACAGAACAUAAAAAUGUCAUCUUCUCAAGGUUCCCUUUCAGAAGCUCUGAAUACACUACAGCAGAAGCUGAAACUACAUAUAGUUGAUAUUAUAGGUAAUGAGGGAAUAUUGGCAUGCCAGCUGCUUCCAUCUGUACCCUGUCUGCUGCACUGUCGUACUCACUCAGGGAUGCUGGCUCUGUGGUUCAGAUCACCUUGUUCUGCCCUUCCAGAUGGUUUGCUCUAUCAGUGUCAAAAGGUGAUGGAGGAAUCCUAAUAACAGUAGUGCCUGUCUUAAUGUAUUUGGUGUGUGAAAAGCAAAGGAAGAUUUAUACAGUUGCACAGAUAAUUACCAAAGCUAAUUUAAGGUACUGCUUCUCAGAAGUAUUAAAAGUUUUCUUCCAGCUGGCAUAUGUCAUGUUGACUUGUGGGGGAAGAAUGAUGACCUAAAUAAGCCUGCAAAAACAUGCUCAGGACUGUACAGUGACUAACAAUCUUUAAAAGUGUUGUUACCUGUUUAAGUGAAAUGUAUAUUACUUAAUUUUGUUGUAUAUUACUGAAAAUAUUUAUUUUUAUUAUGCGGCUUUUAUAGAUGCCAACAAUUAUUCCUCAUAGCAACUACUUAAAUAUUGUUUUAAAGGCAACAUAUCUGCAUUUUUGAGGUCAGACUUGAUCAGUUAUCAGGAUCAUCUGAUUUUAUUUUGAUAGUUUUUCUAAAGCUAUUUUUAAGCACUGCUGGCAGAGAGAUCUGUAUUGGUGGUUGUAUAAAGUAACAUGCAGCAAAAAACACAUGUUUUGAAAAGAGUUAAAAGAUUUUAGUAAGCAACACACUUGCUGGGAUCUUUGAUACUUACCAGUUAAGUGGUAAAUUCUAAACAGAUUUUUGAUAGGAGGCAGGCAGAUGAAAUAUAUGGAAGCACUUCAUGGGGUAAGAUCUAAGGCCUUUUAUGUUAGUUCCUGUCUGCAGUUCUUCCUGCUUCGAAUCUCAGUCAUGUUCCCUUUCCUUAGGGGUCUGUGACAGUCACUGAAUAUUUGUCCAUGUGUAAAAAUAAGUUUCAUGCAGGUCAAGUCUGAAAUGACUGAGCUGAAUGGGAGUAGCUGGCUGUGGACAUGUUGGCUACUUGGUGGUCAGCUGGUGUACAUGUUCAUUUCUCUCCAGUCAAGCCUAUAAAUUGAAUGUGGUCAAUGUUUUCAUGAAAAUUCACAUUCAUUAGUGUUUACUUCUAAUUAUUUGUAGUCUCAGUAUGACUCUUCAAAGGUUUGACUUGCACAGCUGUGGCUGUGUUGUGUGUGCAUGGCCAGCAACUGCAGUAAGACAUAAGGGAUCUAAAUUAGAGCAGCAAACAUCAUAAAUGUUUCUGCCUAGGUUGUCUCCUUUUCUUCCCAAAAUAACCUCACAAUCUUUAAAAUCCAGCAAUCUUAAUUUAUUUAGAUGCUAAAUGAAAACUUUAAUACUGUUUAAUAUUAUUUAUUUAUAGCUGGUUAUGGUUUUUUAUUUAAAAACAUCAAGGAUUGUAUGCACAUUUCAGACAUGGUAUAAAUGGAUUCUACAGCAAAAUUCUCUCCUUUGUGUGUUUAGUAUUAACAAGGAAAUUCUUUGUUUCAGUGUAUUUCAGUGUUACUGAAUCUCACCUGAUAAGCAGUGGUUGUAAAGGAGAAUAAAGUGUUCCAUUACUUUGGUAACAUUUUGAUAAUUGUUUAUGAAAUCACCAAAGCAGUGUUAUUGUGCUGAUAGUUUCUUUUUUUCCUUUUUUUUUUUUUUAAGUCAAGCCACUUGUCUUAUCACAAGUGCUAACACAGAAGCACAGCUGCUCUUUUGCUGUUUCACUGCUCUCUUAUUGAGGAAUUUGAAGUGCACUGAACCUGUAAAUACACUUAAAUGUUCUGCAUACUUGGCACUUGAAGACAGUUUAUAUAAAGGAAAACUGUUUUAUAGUGGAACAAUUUCCAGCAAACUCUUUUCCUGCUGGUACAUCAGACUUGUGUUACAUAAUUGGACUUUUGUAACCAUAUCAGCUGUAAUGGAAGUAUUUGUUUCUGGCCUGUGCAUUUAAACUGUUUCAGCAAUGAGAUGUUCAAUGCCCAAGUGUUUAGAAAGAACAGCAAAAGACAGUAAUGUUCAUGGAAUGUUCUUUAUAACCUUUUCACUGUAUAAAUAGUGUAUAUUAAGCUGUCAAUAUGCAGAUUUGAAGAGUUUAAUGGUAACACCACAUAAAGGGUUUUGCAGGGAUUUGUACCUGUUUCAGUCUUUAUUUUUGGAUUGUCCAGCAAUUUUUUUAAUCUGUUACCAUCUCUGCAUUUCUUGUAGUUUAAUAAAAUUCAGUUUCAUU